CUUUUCUUCCCAAACACGUUCUCCUUUUCCCCCGUUGGCUUCCUUCUUCUUCCUCCCCACGCCUCGUCUCACCUCACCACCAUCCUCCGCCUCCGCCUUCCUCCCACCGUCUCCCCACCCUUUCCCAAAUUAGCACCGCCUCCGCCUCCCUCCGAUCCCUCCCACCACCGCCACCCUCCCUGAAACGAAGCCGGACCGCCCGAAUCCGCCACCACCCGCCCGCUUAUAGCCCAGCCCCGACCGACCCCACCGGGCCCCGCUCGCCUCCUCCCCCCCCCGUCUCCUCCUCUUCCGCCUCCCACGCGCCCCCGUCUCCUCCGGUCGCCGCCUCGCGUGGGGGAGAGGGAGGAGAUGGCCGCAGCGGCCGCCGCAGCGUGCAGGCGAGGCCUGCUCCUGCACCACCAGCAGCAGUGGCCGACGCGGUUGGCCUGCCCCGCUCGCAGCAUCUCGCAGCUCGUCAAGACCAACGGCCGCCGCGCCUUCCUCGUCGACACCCUCGCCCUGGUGAGGAAGCUGGAGUCGCAGGGCGUCCCGACGAAGCAGGCGGAGGCGAUCACGUCUGCCAUCACGGAGGUCCUCAACGACAGCCUCGAGAGCAUCUCCGAGUCCUUCGUCUCCAAGGCUGAGAUGCAGAAGAGUGAGAUGCUGCAGGAGGCUCACAUCUCCAAGUUCAAGUCGCAAGUGCAGAGCUCGCAGGAAAACCAUUUCUCAUUGUUACAGCGGGAGACUGAGAAACUCCGUGGAGAUAUUGAUAAGAUGAGGAGUGAACUGAAGUAUGAGAUUGACAAGGUCACUGCAGGGCAGCGGUUGGAUCUAAACCUUGAAAGAGGGCGCAUACGUGAUGAACUCGCCAAGCAGAAUGAAGAAACCACAGAUCUCACCACAAAGCUUGACAAGGAAAUUCAUUCGCUGAAAGCCCAGCUGGAGGCAGCAAAGUAUGAUGUCAUCAAAUACUGCAUAGGUACCAUCGUUUCGAUAUCAGCCGUUGGACUCGCUGUUCUCCGCAUCGUGAUGUGAAAGGAAGGAGUUCUUUCCUUUACCCAUUAUCCAUGGAAACCGCAGAGGAUAGUUUUGAUUCUGUUCCUAGUUUUUUGGAAGGGACAAAACUCGGUCAGGGGAAUGUUGUACCACCUGUUAGAGAGUGAAAAAGUUUCUCAAAAUCUGUAAGAUAGAUCGACCCGCAGAAGGAAUACAACCAAAAUGAUUCUGUACUUGUGCUUGAGCUUCAUCGUAGUGUAAGAUUACUGGCAUUGCUUCUUCCUCUCUCCGCGAGGCGGAAGUCACUGUUGCAUUUCAUUGACACGCUAUGGACAAGAUCGAUCAUCCUAGUAACAACGGAAGGAUUAUUGAUGUUUCCCUGUUA